AUGGGUCGUAUGCACAGUAAUGGAAAGGGUAUGGCAUCCUCUGCUUUGCCCUACGUUCGCUCUCCUCCCGCUUGGUGCAAGGCUGAUGCCGAAUCUGUUGUCGAUCAAAUCGUCAAGUUCUCCAAGAAGGGUAUGUCCCCUUCUCAAAUUGGUGUGACUCUUCGUGACUCUCAUGGAGUCCCUCAAGUUCGCUUUAUUACUGGUCAAAAGAUCAUGCGUAUCUUGAAGGCUAAUGGUCUUGCUCCUGAGCUCCCCGAGGAUCUCUACAAUCUUAUCAAGAAGGCCGUUACCGUCCGUAAGCACUUGGAGCGUAACCGUAAGGACAAGGACUCCAAGUUCCGCUUGAUUCUCAUCGAGUCUCGUAUCCACCGUCUUGCUCGUUACUACCGCAAGGCCGGUGCUCUUCCUCCUACCUGGAAGUACGAGUCUGCCACUGCUUCUGCUUUGGUUGCUUAA